AAACCGGUCUCUGCAAGAUUAUUAAUGGCCACAGCGACGGCGAACAACUUGAUGGACGAGGUGUUCAACCCACCAAUUGAUCAAUUCGCUCUUCCCAGAGAUCACACAUCUUCUCAUGGAUCACAUCAACAUGCGGCUCAAUUAGCCCGUCAUGACUCAAACAUUUCUCAUCAAUCUCGUCGCUCGGAGAUCAGUCAAUCCUCGAGAGUCAGCAAUAACAACGGAUAUCAUAACGGAUAUGCGGCCAUCGGCGGAGGUGCUCGUCCUCGUGAACCCUCGCAACGCUCAGCUCAACCAUCGGUCGUCAGCGAAGAUAUUCUCAAUCAGAUCUUCUCCAACGUUCACCUAGCUCCCGUCGAGUACACCAACACUCCACGCAGUUACGAGCAAGAGGCAAUGCGCCACAUCGACGAGGUGCUCCAGCACGAGUCUGAGACUCCUGAGCCAGCGAGUCCAGCUCCACAGAGCCGUCGUUCUUCUCAACACUCGCAGCACUCGCGCCAUUCACACCAUUCGGGCGCACGCGGCAUUCACAUGCCCGAUCUACACAUCGAUGAAGAUGAUCACUUCCAUCAUCAUGCUCAACAGUCUCCGCAUGGAUACAGAGAUCGUGUGCACACUGGAGAGUCAACUCUCAGCGGACGCUCGGAUGCUUCGACUUUGAAGGGUCACGAGUCGGAGGAGUACGACACUUUCCAUCCACAACUUGAGCCGAGAAGGAACUUUGAUCGAGUUCGUCGAGGAUCAGAGAUGACUAUCGAUUCGUCGGUCUCAAUGACUGAAAGUCGCUUUGGAGACUUUCCCGUGCAUGAUUCUGAGGGACACAUGCAAAGCCAAGAAGUAAACCUUGAGCAUGAUGAGGUUGCUUAUGAGCGCAUUAAGAAGAAGAAGUCGCCAAUGGUAGCUGAUGUUCCAACUGGACCAGUGCACACUGGAGACACCUGGAGACUCCGUCAGCUCAACGAUGAGCUGAACAGUGCUAGACACAGACAAACGAUUCUUGAACAACGUGUCCGUCAAGAGCAAAAAGAGGUAGACGAGCUCCGUCGACGACAACCAUCUCACCAGCAAUCUCGUCACACCACUAGGACAAACUCUCAAGGCUCUCAUCAACACAAUAACAAUCAGCAUCACUACGAUGAUCACCAUCAAUAUGAUGCUAUUCAUCACAGCAGAACCAGCACGAUCUACUCAGAGAUUAGACCUGCUAGUGUUCAAAAAUCAGUCAGUGGUGACUCGAUUGUUGAAGAAGUGGUUGGCAUCAGUCAAGUGGCUGAACGGGUCAAAGAUCAUGGACAAAUUGUCAAUCGCGUAAACGGAAUCGAUUUGAUUAUCCCGUAUCAUGAGGUGGUUCAAGGAUACGCAAAGAACCCCAAAGUUCGUAAAGUGGUCUUUGGUGGAGCGCUUGCUGCAAGUCCGGAAGAUAAAACCGUGCUCUUGUUUGGCCCAGUUGGCGCUGGGAAGAGCACCUUGAUCGACUCGAUUCUUGAUUAUCUUUACGAUGUGCGACGGGAAAAUGAAUUCCGCUUUGUGGCCACCGCAAAUCACGCACCAACUACCGAAUUGACCGUUUACGAGUUCAACAACACGAUUUUUCCAUUCAAAGUGACUAUUGUGGAUACACCCGGAAUUCCUGAUGUAAAAGGAAACAAAGUGUGCUCGAGUCUCAUUCAACAUUGGCUUAAAACGGAACUCUUGGCUUCGGGUGCUUUCCGUCUUGACGCGAUCUCGAUCGUUCUCACUCAUGACGAAGUCAAUCUUGGAUGGCCGUUCAUUUAUGAACUAGCUGCUGUGAGACAAAUGUUCGGUGGUGACUUGAAGACGAAUGUUCUCCCGAUCAUCACGCAUUCUGAGGUUCUUCCCCAACCACUCGCCAUUCGCUCACUCGCUCAAGCCAACAUUGCUUUUGUUGAAUAUUACAAGGUUAACAACUCCGGUUUCUUCGCCGAUCCACAUGGUGUUCCAAAAUUGAAGCACAAUCUUUUCUUCAAGCAUGGAAUUGCUUCACUUGAGCUUUUCUUCAGAGACUUGCAAGAAAUGAUCCAUCCACUUCUCGCCGUUCUCCGACACCAGAGCCCAGCUGGUGGACCAAAGAGUCCUGUCUUCGAAAAUGCUGAUUUAUAC